CUCCUCAUCAUUACACUUGUCUCCACAAGCCAACGGCUACAAUGCCCGAUGUUUUACUUUCUCAAACAUCUUUCCAUCUCUGAGAUCUUGUUCACUGCUAACAUUACCCCUAAUAUGCUUCACGUCUUAUUGAGAAAUGGCAGUGUCAUGUCCCUUGCAGGAUGCAUUAUUCAGUUCUAUGUGUAUAUCGCCUCAGGUAGUGUAGAGUCUGUUCUGCUAACAAUCCUGUCCUAUGAUCGGUACAUGGCUAUCUGUAACCCUUUGAGAUAUGCUGAGAUAAUGAAUCUCCAACUCUGCCGGACUCUUGUUUCUGUCUCCUGCUUUCUUUGUUUUACAGUUGUCUUAACAACAGUAAUUCUUCUUUGUCAGCUGGACUUCUGUGGGCCUGACAUCAUUGACCAUUUCUUUUGUGAUUUUGAUCCGCUUGUGGAUCUUUCUUGUUCAGACACCUCGGUGGUGAGAACAGAAGUUGUAAUCCUCUCCGUCCCUGUGGUGGCCUCCACGUUUUCAUUCAUUAUAUGGACGUACAUGUAUAUAUUUAUAACCAUCUUCAGGAUCUCCUCCUCUGCAGGGAGACAGAAGGCCUUCUCCACUUGCAGCUCACACUUGGCUUCAGUAUGCUCAUAUUAUGGUCCUCUUAUUGUAAUAUACAUGGUGCCUUACCGAAGAAACUCCUUUAACACGAACAAGUUCUUAUCAAUACUGUACACCGUGCUGACCCCAUUGUUUAACCCAUUAAUUUACAGUUUAAGAAAUGAAGAACUUUGUCUUGUCUUAUGGAAACUUUUGAGACUCAACACAACAGCUUAG